GAUAAAUCUCUGAAUCACCCUUCCCUUUCCUCCCCUUCCCCUUCUAACAGUGACAGAGCAUUGGACCUGUUAAGAUAUAAGCCCUGAUGCUCUAAAGCUCUGAUCUUUUCCCAUUCUUGAAUCUCUCACGUACUUGUCCAUACCUAAAACUUGUACACACCCUUUCUUUGUUUUCACGAGAUGGAGAAAAUCGUGUUUAUGGUUAGCUGUGAGCUCAAGGCUUGUGGCAUAGUGUAGCUUUCUCCAAGACCUCCGAGUUUUAAAACCCAGAGCUUUAAAUAAAGUCUCACUCACUCACUCACUCUCUCUCUCUCUCUCUCGAUUGGGAUUUGAGAGCUUGCAAUCUUUCCCAUUUCUCUCUCUCUAUAAUGGGUUGUGAGCGGAUGAUUUUAAGGAAUUUGGACCCGGAGAGGAAAAGGUCUGGUGGGUUGAGAACCAAACAGGCGGGGCGAGGGUCUUGUAGAGGAAGUUAGGCAAUUUGAGGUGAUCUUGCCGGAAAGAGAAACAAAGAGAGCAAUGAUUCUUCGCCGGCGCUGACAUCUGUUCACAUUUUCUCUUCUACUUGUCUCCGGAAUUAGAAAGAUAUUCUGUUCUUCAUCUUUAUAUAUAUAUAUAGACUCAUAUAGAUAAACAUACUCAUUGGCUGCAACUUGCUAUGGGGUACCUGCUUAAGGAAGCUUUGAAAACACUGUGUGGAGUUGAUAGAUGGUCUUAUGCUGUUUUUUGGAAGAUCAAUUGCCAAAACCCAAAGCUUUUGAUAUGGGAGGAUUGUUACUAUGAACCUGUUAUUUACUCUGCUAUCCAUGGUAUUCCUGGGUCUAUGAAUCAGGAAUUGGCUUUGCAAAACUGGAGUUCUUGCUGGGCCUCAAACAGUGUUUCCCAAACCGGGGAGAAGGUUCAGCUUCUUGUAAACAAGAUGAUGGUAGAAAAUCAGUUCAGUGUUGUAGGAGAAGGACUUGUUGGAAAGGCUGCUGCAACUGGUAAUCAUCAAUGGGUUUUGUCAGAAGGUUAUUGUAGAGAUGCACACCCAGUAGAGGUACUGAAAGAGCUGUCUUUACAAUUUUCAGCUGGCAUGCAGACAAUUGCAGCUAUUCCUGUCCUUCCUCAUGGUGUUGUUCAGCUUGGUUCGUCCAAAAUGAUGUUGGAGAAUGUCGGUGUUGUGAAUGAAGUAAAAAUGCUGGUCGGUCAGCUGGGAUGUGUGUUGAUUUCUGAUGAACAAGGGAUGAGGCAAACUGUUCAAUCUGAGGUGUGCCCCGGCCAGACUUUGUCCUCUCUUCUUGCACAAGAUUGUGCAAAUCAGACAUUUCCCCAAAGCUUUCUUGACAAUCUUUGUCAACCAAACGUGCUUCCACUCAAGAAUUUAAACAUCUCCCCAAAGAAUCCCGAUAUGUGGCCAAAUCAACACUCUUCCUCUGCAUACAACCACCAUUCAAAUGCUGUGUCUAAUGGCCAUCCAAUGCCUAUUAUUCCUGACAUGUACACAUGCAGCUCCGAGUUGGAUAGGAAUAUGGGAGCCGUUGAAAAUGAUUUGUUCCAAGAACUUGGCACUGUCCUGACACGGAGUACCCAGAAGCAGAGUUUAUGUGGGCCCACCAUGCCUGGUUUCAGUUAUGACGAGAAAGAUGAAUCUGGGGCGCAAAGUGUAAUGCUGGAUGAUGGUUACGAGGACCCGUGUGUUCAUUCGUCAGGAGAUGACUUGUUUGAUGUUCUUGGUGCUGAUUUCAAACAUAAACUCCUAAAUGGAAGGUGGAAUAGUAGACCAGAAGGUUUGUACACAAAGGAUAUGGAUCCGGAUGCUUCUUCAAUUGUCAACCAAGCAAAAUCUGAAUCUGGUGUCAUCUCAGCCAACGAUUUCAAUCACAUUUUAGACUUUGUAACAUCUACCCAUUCUGGAAACCAAAGUUUGGACGACAAUGUCUCUUGCCAUACCACGUUGACAACCAUGAGUAGCUCUUCUGGCCCUAAUGCUUCGUGUUCUUAUGGCCGGGUUGGCGCGUCUUCUCAAAUGCAGGGAGAGUUGUUUGGUUGUCCCAAAUCAAAAUCAAGAAUCAUGGCCUCUUGUUCAUUUGACACUACUCCUCAAGCUAGUUCCAUGUACGGUUCACAAGUCAGCUCAUGGAUUGAACAAGCAUGUGACAUGAAGAAGACUACCAGUGUCUCAACUGUUAGCUCUAAGAAACCCGAUGAAGCAGCCAAACCAAGCCGUAAAAGGCUAAAACCGGGAGAGAACCCUCGGCCUAGGCCAAAAGAUCGCCAAAUGAUUCAAGAUCGCGUGAAAGAGUUGCGAGAAAUUGUGCCAAACGGAGCAAAGUGUAGCAUUGAUGCUCUCUUGGAACGCACUAUCAAGCACAUGCUUUUCCUACAGAGUGUAACAAAACAUGCAGACAAACUAAAACAGACCGGAGAGUCAAAGAUUAUUGGAAAAGAAGGGGGUUUACAUUUUAAGGAUAAUUUCGAAGGGGGGGCAACUUGGGCAUAUGAAAUUGGAACGGAGUCUACGAUGUGUCCCAUCAUUGUUGAGGAUCUGAAUCAGCCUCGCCAGAUGCUUGUGGAGAUGCUUUGUGAACAAAAUGAUUACUUCCUGGAAAUUGCUGACAUUAUUCGAGGAUUAGGGCUGACUAUCUUGAAGGGGGUCAUGGAAAUGAAGAACGAGAAAAUAUGGGCACGUUUUGCUGUCGAGGCUAACAAAGACAUUACCAGGGUUGAGAUAUUCAUGUCUCUGGUAAAUCUUUUUAAGCAAACAACAAUAAGUUGUGAUGAUAGUGAUGAUGAAGGGAAGGGUCCUAUGUUGCACCAACCCAAUUCAAACCAGUAGUUUGCGAUGAUCACCAACGUCCGGAUGCGUUAAGAGCGAGCCACUGGUGGGCCCCGCCGUGACUAACAAACUUCGGGCGAUCAUCAAACAUUACUCUUUUUGUUGCUGUCAUCUCUUUAAUCUGAAUUCUGUGUGUAUUCCUACGUUUCGGGACCGAGGCUUGUAUAAUAUCCCUUGUUAGCUAGGAUUUGUGUUUUGGUUGCAUAGAUUAGUUUGUCUGAUUCAAUUCCUUUGAGGCUGUGGUUUGUCUAAGCUGGAAUUAUGAAUGGGAAAUUGUUGUUUGUGAAGAAAAUAGUUUGCUUCAU